AGAGGUUUUCCAGGAGAUCCAGGUCCUCCAGGAGCAGAGGGCCGUCCUGGAUCAAAUGGUCAUGCUGGGCCUAAGGGACCAAAGGGCAGCACUGGGCUUGAUGGACAUGUGGGACCAAAAGGCGAUCCGGGACCUGACGGCAAAGAAGGAUUUGAUGGGUCUCAUGGUUUACCGGGUAUCCCAGGUUUACAAGGACCUCCAGGCCCUCCAGGGGCCCCAGGAUGCAAUGGAACAGAUGGAGAUGAUGGACACCCUGGAAUUCAUGGAGCCAGUGGUAUUUCUGGAAAUCCAGGUCCACCAGGUCUGCCUGGACUUAAGGGUGAAUCUUGGGUGUUAAUAGAUUUAAUACCAGGGCCACCUGGACCACCUGGGAGGGACGGAGACCCAGGUCUCAGUGGAGAGCCUGGACCAUUAGGCGAAGUUGGAACAAGGGGCUCUCCUGGAUUUCCUGGCCUUCCGGGGGCUCCAGGAUCUAAGGGGAGAUCGGGACCACCAGGGCCACCGGGGCCACCGGGUCGGACCAGGGAGUUUUCCACUGAAAGCCUUGUUUUAAAGGUGCAGCAAUACAUGGAGGAUCUAAAAGGAGACAAAGGAGAUGUCGGAGAAAAAGGCUGCCAGGGCGAUCCAGGAGAUAUUGGUUAUGGCCUUUACGUCAAAGGAUCAAAGGGAAGCAAAGGACCUCAUGGGCCAGAAGGAAAGCCAGGGAAGGACGGUGAUCCUGGACAAUAUGGACAGGAGGGAAGCCCUGGCCACAGCGGUGAUCCAGGAUAUCAAGGGACACCAGGAGACACGGGUGAAAAAGGAAGCAGGGGUCCACCUGGUCCACCAGGAGAUAUAUUUGGGCCUGAGCCACUCAAAGGAUACCGCGGAGAUCCUGGUUCCAGUGGCCCUCCUGGUCCUCCUGGGCGUCGAGGUAUUGUGGGGUUUCCUGGACCAGAUGGACCUCCAGGCCAAGUGUCUGGGAAUUAUGUGCCGGGCCCACAAGGUUCCCCUGGCUUUCCGGGUCCCAAAGGGGAGCCUGGGGAACCUGGGGCUAUUUAUACUGGACUCCCAGGUCUAGAUGGGGAUCCUGGUGAUACAGGACCUCAAGGGGAUACGGGCCCACCUGGACCUCCAGAAGACAGAACUAACAGGAUAACAAAAGGUCUCCCAGGAAUGAAGGGAAUGAAGGGUACACCUGGAGAUAAGGGAUAUAAUGGGACAUUUGGAAAGAAAGGAGAGAAGGGGGAACCUUGUUAUGACUGCAUUGGAGCAGGACCCCCAGGAACACCGGGUCCCCGUGGUCCACCCGGCAUCCCUGGCAACAAUCAAGGACCAGGUGCCAAAGGUGAUCUAGGCAUCCCAGGACCUACAGGUUUAACUGGAAGACCAGGUCCUGUUGGUGAAAGAGGAUAUCCAGGCCCUCCAGGACAAAAGGGAGACUCAUAUUCCUACAGCACUCCAGGGAUAAAGGGAGUGACAGGAGACCCAGGGCAGCUUGGCUGGCCUGGUCCAGAUGGCCUCCCUGGGUUUCCUGGGUUACCAGGUCGUAAAGGCAAUCAAGGCCCUCCAGGGGAUUUGGAUCCAUACCCUGGUGGGAAGGGAGACCGUGGUUUUCCAGGCCCACAAGGGCCUUUUGGGAGACCAGGACCAGUUGGCCUCCCUGGGCAAGUUGGAUAUGGGCCCCCUGGACUUCCAGGAAGUAAGGGAGAUGUUGGGGUACCUGGCCUGCCUGGGGAGCCUGGAAUUCCAGGCCAAAAAGGGGAACCAAGCCAUAUCCACACCACUGGACCUCCUGGACCACCUGGAUUUAAAGGCUUGCCUGGUUUACCUGGAAGCUCAGGUUAUCAAGGAGCAUCAGGUGCCCCUGGAAUACCAGGUUUUCCAGGACAGAAAGGAGAAAAAGGUCCUGUGCCAUUUGCUGGAAACCAGGGGAUCCAAGGACAGAAAGGUGACAAAGGGCAGCCAGGUCUCAAAGGUUUUCCAGGUAGGGGCUUGCCUGGUCAGCCAGGUUCACCAGGCCCUCCUGGUCCUCCAGGACUGCAGGGAGAUGGUGGCCACGGAAUCCCUGGCCCCCCAGGCCUCCCCGGGCUUCCAGGAGAAGAAGGACGUCAGGGCCCUACAGGAGAUCCUGGGACCCCUGGUCUACCUGGGAAACCAGGGCUAAUUGGCAACCCUGGUUAUCCAGGAGAAAAGGGAAAUAAAGGUUCUAUAGGGCCCCCAGGAGUACCUGGUAGCAAGGAUUCAUGUAAAGGAUUACCUGGACCAGUGGGACCACCAGGACCAGAUGGUUAUCCAGGACCUCCAGGACCUAAUGGCUUGCCUGGUGUGAAGGGGAAUGUAGGUUUGCCAGGGUCUGGUCAUACUGGCCCCCGUGGUGAGCCUGGCUCCCCUGGGACAUCAGGCCUUGGUUCACUUGGGUUUCCUGGACUAAAAGGGAUCAAGGGACAGAACGGCCUGCCUGGUCAACCAGGUUUGAGAGGAGACCCUGGACCAGAAGGAUUACCAGGAUAUGGACUAGAGGGAUUGCCUGGAAUUGUGGGACCACCAGGCCGAAUAGGUUGCCCUGGCCCACAAGGAGCCAGAGGUUCCCAGGGUCCACAAGGCAUAAAAGGAGAAAAAGGUUUCAGAGGUCCUCCAGGCAAUACAUCAACAAUACCAAUAGAUAUUAUUGGGCCCCCAGGAGACAAUGGCAAUUUGGGUCCUCCAGGGGAUCCAGGUAUUGAUGGAUCAGUGUUUUCAGAAAGAAGGCAAGGACCUGCUGGGACCUUAGGAGACCCAGGAGUGAGAGGUCCUCAAGGCUUAAAAGGAAUAAGAGGAGAUCAAGGAAUCACUGGAGGGCCAGGUCAAGACGGUGCACCAGGUCCAACUGGUAACAAAGGAGUUAAGGGAGAACCAAACUACUUUGGAUAUGGAAUCCCUGGGCCAGUAGGACAAAAGGGUGAACCAGGAUCAACCAAUACUUACGCGAUGAAGGGUCAAAAAGGAGAACCUGGUUUUCAUGGACCACCAGGUCCACCAGGAGACUGUGGAGCCAGAGGAAACCCAGGACCUGUUGGCAGAAAUGGUGCACCAGGCCACCAAGGGCCUAAAGGUUCAGAUGGACCUCCAGGAGUCAAAGGACUCCCGGGACCUAAUGGACCACCAGGUGUCGCAGGUCCGCCGGGAGUCAGUGGUUAUCCAGGUCCUAAAGGCAACCAGGGUCUAGAUGGGAUCCCUGGACUACCAGGGCAGAAAGGGGACACAAUCAUAAUUGGAGGGACACCUGGAGGACGUGGUGAACCAGGUCAACCAGGCCCUCCCGGGGACCCUGGUCCUGCCUUGCCAGUCAUAGUAAGUCCUGGACCAAUAGGAGACAAAGGAUUGCGAGGUCUACCUGGGCUCAAUGGUCCAAGGGGUCUACCAGGAAGAGAAGGGGCAUGUUCUUGGUUAAAAGGAGACCGUGGCCAUCCUGGCAGUCCUGGUAACCCAGGAUGUCCUGGCUUACCUGGCCCUCCAGGUCCCACUGUGCCUGGGUUUAAAGGAGACAGAGGGAACGAAGGUCUUAUAGGAAGCCCAGGCAAUAGAGGACCCCCGGGAGAUCCAGGCCCUCAAGGACUACCUGGUGUAAGAGGCAAAACUGGAAGCCCUGGGCCAAGAGGUGAUUGUGGUCCUCCUGGAUUCCAAGGGCCCCCUGGUGAGAAAGGAGACCCUGGAUACAACCCAGGCCCACCUGGUCUGCCUGGAGUCAAAGGUUUUCCUGGACGACCUGGCCUCAAAGGUGAACCAGUAUUUGCCAAGGGCAUAUUUGAACCAGGCUUUCCUGGCUUACCAGGUCCCCCUGGCAAUCGAGGAGCCCCAGGGAGCACUGGACCAUCAGGACAACCAGGCCUUCCAGGUAAGCCAGGUGUCAAAGGAGUGCGUGGUCCCAGUCCACUCGGCCAGCCCGGAUUUCCUGGCCACAAAGGAGACAAAGGAAGCGCAGGAGUGCCAGGUCCAGAAGGUAGACUUGGAGACGCAGGCCGAAAGGGUCCUCCAGGGCUGCCUGGAGGAGGCGGUCCACAUUAUGUUGACAGUUUCCUGAUAGCUAGACACAGUCAAAGCAUCCGUGUCCCUGACUGCCCUCCUGGCUCCAACCUCAUCUACUCUGGUUACUCGCUUCUUUUCAUCAAAGGAAAUGAUAAAGCUCAUGGUCAGGACCUUGGCACCAUGGGAAGCUGUCUCGCUCGCUUCUCCACCAUGCCCUUCCUGUUCUGUGACACAGAAACUACCUGUCGCUAUGCUUCUCGUAAUGACUACUCAUACUGGUUGUCAACAGACACCCCUAUGCCCAUUAACAUGGUUUCCAUCACAGGAGAAAAGCUGGCCUCCUACAUCAGCAGGUGUGCAGUGUGUGAAACCACCUCCAAUGUCAUAGCCUUCCACAGCCAGACAAUUCUGAUACCUCAAUGUCCCGAAGGUUGGGAGUCCCUGUGGACUGGAUACUCAUUUGUUAUGCAAACAGGUGCUGGUGCAGAGGGCUCCUCGCAGCCUCUGGUUUCUCCUGGCUCAUGUCUGGAAAGUUUCCGCCAAGUGCCCUUCAUUGAAUGUCACGGCAGGGGAACAUGUAACUACUACCCUGAUUCCUAUAGCUACUGGCUGGCCUCCCUCGAUGCCAAAAACAUGUUCAGUAAACCUGCUCCUCGGACAGUGAAGGGACCUUCUCUACAAAAUGUAAUCAGCCGUUGUCGGGUCUGUAGGAAACUAUGGCAGUCUCGCUCAGAUGACAAGCGUGGGGACAGUUUUUAACACUGAUUAUUUCAUUUUUUUGCGUUAUUUGAAAUAUGAAACUAUGUGAUGUUAAAAUUAAUGAAACAUUUAGUCAUCCAUUAUAGCAUAUGGUGGCUGUAGUGUGCCGCCAGAGUGUAAUUAUUCUUGAGCCUCAAUAACAGUCAAUAUUAGCAGUUACAAAGGUACUAGUAGCAGUUAUACAUUGUCUUUUCUGGAUUGUAAAUGCUUUAACUUUUACUUAGAGUUUCACAUUAAAUACUUAACCCUACAUCCUUUUUAUCAUAGUUUUCCUCUGAUGUUAUUGGUAAUAUUAUAAAAUAUAAAAUUGACAAAAUGCCAUGUAACACCAAAAGGUCUUUUGGAUUUUAAGAAAAAAAAACAAACAAACACCAAAUGUCCUCAUUUGUGCAUAUGAUAGUCAGACUACUGAGAAAUAAUUAACUUGUUUAUACAGUGAUGACACUGACACGUUUGCUGCUUCGUUCCACAUGAGCUGAGAAGACCAGUGCAGUCCAGUCAAUGGAUGACGUCAAAAGUAUUAGCUCACAACGAAUGACACACAUGUUCCUAUGACAUCUGGAGAGGAAGCACUGUGACUUGCUCCUGCUUUGAAAUUGUAACAUUGUGUUUUCUCACGCAAUUAUAGAGUUAUUUGUGCUGUCACUCUAGAAGCAUUUUUUUUUUUUUUUUUAAAUUUCAGCAUGUUAAAUGAUGCAUGGAAAAGAUUAAACUUUAUGACUCAUACUGCCUGCAAUUUUUUCCAUUCCAUUUCUAAAUGAACUGUCAGGACGUGACACCACAAUCAAACGGCUGCUGUCUCUGUAGGUUAGGGGACAGAAA